UUAAAGUGGGUGGUGUACACAUGAUUAAUGUAUUAUAAAAUUGUCAUUGAUGUUGUGUACCAGUGUUCAUGAAGCAAUGAUCUGCAUCUUAUAAUCAAACAGAAAGACUGCGACUUUCUAUUUACAUUUACAUACUGGCUGAGAAGAACAAGAUAAGCACUGAAAAGCCAUCAGGGGUGAAACUUCAUGGUCUCCAGACUCAUUUGUGCUUAUUAAAGUAUAAACAUGGGAAAUAAAAGCAGUUCAAUUACUGAUGGAACACCUGAAGAAAUUGGUAAUAAGUUAUACAAUGAAACUCUUUGCAAGAAUGAGGAAACUGCUUAUGCACGCCAAGCAGAAAAAUCCAUCAAAAUUUUAAGAGAGACUGGAUGUGAUGUUUUAAGUGUCUCGGCAACAAAUCAGUGCAGUUUAAUUACUGAUAAAGCAGCAGAAGAAAUUGAUGAAUACCCACACAAUGAAACUAUUUGCGAGAAUGAGAAAACCUUUUCAAAGGUGAUAGAAAAAAACGCCAGAAUUGCAAGAGAGGUUGCAGGUGAUAUUUUAAGAGCUAUGGCAAUAUCAGGAGCAAAAAGCAUUUACAAAUCAUUUAUGGCUAAAUCCAGAUUAUUCCUGAUAGCAUGUCCUUUUGUUGGUGUAGGAGCAGCUGUCUGUAUAGUUGGUCUUAAUGCUGUUUUUGACUUUAUCGAUCCACAGUUAAAUGCAAACCAGGUUUCUGAAAUUGUAAGUCUUGCGUUAAGAAGAGAAAUCAGCAUUCAGAAGGGCAUGAAACUCUUUGCAUUACUACAAAACUGUCUCAUUCGUUUUAAGAUUUUUAAAAACAACAACACCAAAAUUCAAAAAGAAACCAAUAAAUCAGAGAGAAAAAUAAGCAGACAUAUAACUUUUGUCGCAGAAGACAUUAAGUAUUAUCCCAAUGAGCUUAAUCUGCUGGCAUGGGCAACUGGAGCAUUUUUCCAUCUCUGCAUGUGUGAAAUACUUAUCGAGUAUGAGGAUUUUGACAGAGAAAUACUUGUAGAAUUUGUUAAAAAAUAUAAAUCAGACCUAGAUCUACUUUCUAAGAAAGUGGAGGAAAAAAUAAUUCUGAAAAAGAAAAACUAUGUAUUUUUCAAAAAGGUCAUCUUCAUUGAUGAAUUGGAAAAGAAGGAGUACACAGUAAAAUUUAGCAGACAUUUAAAGGAUGAUGAUGUUAAGAAAAUAAUACAAACAUUUCUAAAACGGAGACUGUGGGAUCCCUGCAAUCAAAUGAAAGAAUGGUUUCAGUCAUUUAUAGAUGAACUUAAUCAUAAUGCUGUGACAGAAAAUGUAGACUCAGCUUGAACAGUUGUAGAUCAGACAGGACCUUCAGCCAAUCUCAUGUCUGUGGUUUCUUUUGCCAUUUCAUGGAUUACACAUCACUGCUUGUAGUUUUUAGUCCUUGAUGGUCAUUACUUGCAUCAAGUUCAUAUGCCCAGGUCUUCAGUUGCCUUGUUCUUCUCAACAAUUAAAUCUUGAUUCCGUUGAAGACAUAACUGGCAAAAAAACACAUAAUGUCCUCCAGAUAAAUGCAUCCCUUUUUGAAAAUAUUUCCCUAUAAAAAUACAAACAUUUUUGACAGCAAAUAGAUUUCUUAGCUCAUUUGUAUGUUCUAAUCCUACAUAAUGCAGAAACAACUGCACCGACAUGUUGCAUUUUCUUCCUCUUUCCUUCUUCCCCUUGCCAAAAUUACCCCAUCUUCCCCACUUAUUUUUUAAUCCUCAACCACUUGUGACCUCUUUAUCACAUCAGGUCAGCUGUGCUUUUCAAAACAAACCUUGCCUGUAAAAAUAAAAAUAAUGAUUUGCUGUUUACAUGCA